AUGCUGGAAGAUCCCAAAGGUUUCGGCUUCAUACGACACAACGCCCGCCCACCAAAGCCUCGAAAAACUGGUGUCACUGAAAUCCGAGGCCCGUACUACUCCGUGAUGGGGAAACGGUAUCUCCAAGAUAUUUUUGACACAAUGGCACACCAUGUCGAUGGCGUCAAAUUUGCGGGAGGUUCAUUUUCGCUCUUCCCCGAAGAUAAACUGCGAGAGUUGAUCCAAUUAGCUCACGAAAAUGGCGCCUACGUCUCAACUGGAGGUUGGAUUGAGCAUGUUCUUACUCAGUCAGAUCCCACGGCCGCGGUUGAUAAGUAUCUCAAAAAGUGUAAGGACGUUGGAUUCGAUGUAGUUGAAAUAUCGACUGGGUUUCUUUCUCUACCGCAAGAUGAUUGGCUUCGCUUGGUUGAAAAGGUCCAUGAGGCAGGCUUGAUCGCCAAGCCAGAGUGCGGUAUACAAUUCGGCGCGGGGGGCGACACCAAGGCCUCUGAGCUUGAGGCUCUGGGACUAUCGGACCCAUCCAAAAUCAUCAACGCGGGCAAGAGGUUUGUUGAUGCGGGUGUCGAACGCAUCAUGAUUGAGAGCGAGGGCAUCACUGAGAACGUCACCAAGUGGAGAACCGAUGUGAUACAGCAGAUCCUCCGUGAGCUUCCUGCGGAGAAGGUCAUGUUUGAGGCGGCAGAGCCGGCCGUGUUUAAUUGGUAUAUCCGGGAAUUCGGGGCCGAUGUGAAUCUCUUUGUUGAUCACUCGCAGAUUGUGCAGCUGAGUUGCUUGCGGGAGGGUAUUUGGGGCAUGGCGGACACGUUUGGGAAAAUUACUACAUACAGGCCGUAA